CCGAGAUUUUACACCUACAGUGGCUUCCUGUUUUUUUGUUUUGUUUUGAAGAGGAAAAUUUUGUAAUUUUCGAUUCAGUUUAAAUGUCAUGUUAGAAGAUGCCUAACUGUUCUGUGUGUUUAGAUUUAGUGAGGGUAGCCACUUGCUGUGUGCCAUGUGGCCAUAUUUUUUGUUAUUCCUGUAUCCAUCGUUGGAUAUCUCGUUCACCAGACACAAAAUGUCCCCAAUGCAGAGGAAGUAUACACUGUAUACAGAAAGUUAUACUGGAGGCAAAUGAAUCAGCAGAAUUAACAGAGGAAGAUUUACAAGAUCCAUGGAGUCAUUCAGACUGGGACAAUAUGCUUUUAUCAGUAUUAAAUAUUUGGAAGACAAGUCCUGUAAAGCGAGUCUGUGAUCGUGUCAAAGACCGUACCCAAAGCAAUAUCUAUGCAAGAAGUUUUAUGGAUGGGUGUGCUCAAGGUUACCAACACUGUUCCCACUUAUUGGGGGAAUUUCAACGAGUGGAUGGUGACAUAGAAGAUAAAGCAGAAUGGUUGAAGGAUAAAACUGUGUUUUACUUGGACAUUUUGAAAACAAGAGCAAUUAAUCAUCCCAGAAUAGUUGACUUGAGAACUAGAUGGAGUAAUCUAAAUGAUGACAAGAAAUUCUGGUACAGUGUGUUAUUAGUCAUUACAUUAUUCCUGUUAGUAGCAGACGUACAAAAUGAAAAUGGACUCUUCCAAUUGGUCACAUGGCCUGUAUGUAAAACAAUGUUGACAGUCGUGUAUGAAAUGUUACGCAUUCUGUUUUAUAUUCCUGUUCGUCCCGUAUUUGGAUUAAUCCGAUGUGCCAUAGAAGUUUUGUGGAUUUUAGUUGAUAUAGUUAUCAAUACAAUUCUCUGUUUGAUGAACAUAGUUACGAUUCUGCUAUUACUACCUGCGAACUUAAUGAAUAGUUUUGGGAUUCUAAUUCCCAGUUUAGCAACAAAAGCAAAAAUGUUUCUACCAGUGGUAAUGUUAUUGUAUGUCUUUGUGCCAAAUUUCCAGCUUUGGUGUCGAGGCAUGUUGGUCCGACUUCAGAGGAAUGUUCAGGCUCAGCAAAAUUAGAAUAUGCACAUAGUUUUUGAAAAUAAGUGACUAUGAUAAAAAAAAAAUAAGAAUAUUUUUAUACAUGUUUAAAAUAUAUUUGAUAAAUGAUGUAAAAUAUUUUAACUUACAUCAUGUACAUACAUGUGACAUACAGGUUUAGGAAAAAUGUUUUAGACAUUUUAAAAGGAGUUUUGAACAUAAGUAACCACUUUAAGAAUUUAAGAUUAACAAUGUAAAAAAAGAAAAUGAUACAGAUCUAACACACUCUGCAGAAAAAGUGACUUACUGUUCAUAGACAUAAUAUAAAUUUUGUUAAUUUUAUUACUUAUUUAUAUAUGUUAUUGGAUGCCUUAAGUUUACUUAUACCUAACAUGGUUUAUAUGUCUUUAUUCAAGUAUUAACUUCAACAAACUACAGAUUAUUUGUAUUAUAUUUUUCUUUGAGGGAGAACAAGGAGGGGACAGCAUAGAGUUUUAUAUUUGUGUCUUUGACAAUAUUUGUGCUUUAGGCUAUUGCAUGAUCUUUUAAUAAAGUGUUAGCUUUUUAAAGUGUUAAGAAACAUUUUUUUUAAUUAUCUAGCUUUAUUGCUCUUUUCACUAGAAAAUAAAUCAUUACCAUAUACAUGAUAGGUCAAGUCUGAACAAAUUGCUUCAAUGGUCAACAUUGGAAACAUUUUUUUUAAAUGCAUGACUUUGAAGAUGCACUUUGAAAAUCACAGUUGUGGUUGGGUGUUGUUUUAUAGCAUAUCAAACCUUUCAUUUCAUAAAGCAUAUCAAUUCUCCAGCUUGUAUAAGGCAUAUCAAAGCUUCCACUCAAGUUCAAAUUUAUGUAUGAAAAAUCCAAAAGUCAUUUUAUGAUACUAUUAUUUGAAAGAUAAAUAAAACUAUAAGCAGGUUGAAUUAAAACUUAUCUUUUAAAACUAGUUCAUAAGUACCAACGUGAUCAAAUCAAAGUUAAGGUGCAAAAAAAUGAUUUGUGAUUUGUUUACCUUCUACCAAAUAAAGGUUUGAAAGAAAAUUGAAUAACAACAAUGAACAAAUGCAUAGUUUCUGCUGUAACUUCUUGCAUGUACACAUGAUACAUGUACAUUUUUUGUAUACAAUUAAUUCAAAGCUAUUUUGUAAAAUAGUUUAACUUCCUAUUUGACUAUAAAUCUAUGUAAGAUAAAUACAUGCAUAAUAAUAUUUGUAAGAUGUAAAAAGUAUUUUUUUUUAUGUUUUUUGUGUAUGUAGCCUUAAACAUGUACAUUACCCUUUUAAUAUCAAUAUGUAAAGUUACCUACAUAUCAUAUGACCUCAUUAACACAAAUGUGAACUUUGAAACAUUGAUCUUUUCUUAUUCAGUAAUAAGGUACAUGUAGAUAUGGCUCUAUUAACUGGGGCAGAUCCAGCCAUUUUCAAAAGGGGGUUCCAAAUCCUGGAUAAAGAGGGUGAGUGAGGUGUCAAACCAUUUGUCCCCAUUCAAAUGCAUUGAUCAUUAAAAAAAUGGGAACCACCCUCUUGAUCUGCCACUUAUUAAUUUGGAAGAAGGGUACACAUGAUGUGAAAUUGUUAAAAAGUUAUUAAUUUGGAAAAAGGGUACAUAUGAUGUGACAUUGUUAAAAAGUUCUAUAUAUAGGGAGGCAUAAUGAAUGUUGUUUCAUUUCCAGCAUUGAAAUUGAGUACUAUUUGUCAAGCAAAUUAUGGACUCAAAAAAAUAUUCUUUGAAAAUAUUGAGUAUGUAUAACGUAAGGGUACCCAAAUUGCACCGAGUACCCAAAUUGCACCUAUUUAGAAAAAAUAGCCACGGAAAUCUUACAAGAUCUCCUAGAGACUUAACAAUUUGUAUUUUUAUGAUUUGAUAUUAUGCACGUCUUUCAACAUAUGUAAACAUAUUUAGAUAUACACAAAACGUUCACAGUAUUUAUCAACAGAUGGACUGUUUACUGAAAAAAACAAAAUGUACGAAAACGUCAUCAUGCGACGUCAUCAAAACGUCAUCUUUUUAAAAUUAGCAAAUACAAUAUAUUAUAAGUAUUCAUUUCGUAAAAUAUGAAGAAUAAGCAUAGACUUAUAUCCAAUUGUUCAAAAUAUUUGAAGAAAUUAAACAAAAGCUCGGUUAUUAGACUUCUGCCGAUGUGAAUUUAAGCAUGGAUGCAAUUUGGGUACUCCUCAUUACAGAAUCAUGGACAGUUUGGAGGUUGAUUCAAACCCAAUUUUUUAUGACUCAAAAUGGGAUUAAAAACUAAAUUGGUGUACAUAUACAAUAAAGAAGGAUAUGGCUACAAAAUAGACACAUUAAUGACAUUUAUUUCUUGAUCAUAAAAAAACGUAGGUGAAAAAACUGUCAAAAUAGGUGCAAUUUGGGUACCGUCACGUUAUGCAUGUUUAAAAACUAUUACAUAUGCCCUUUAAUGAAUGAAAUGUAUUGGCAGGUAGACAAUACAUGAACAAAAUAAACAUCAUCUGAUGGGUUACACUUAAUUGCAGUUAUAUGAAAAAGACAAUAAAGAUGGACUAUUGUGUACAUGCUAACUUACAUAAGCUGUCAAUCAAAGCAUGCAUGAUCUCAUUCGAUACCUAUGCAGUAGAAAACAUUUGUUGUAUUAUUUAUCAUGUUUAUUAUAUUUGUGUAUUUUAUGUGCCAAAAAAAAUUUGUGUUUUACUGUUGGUUAGAAUAUGUUUGAACAAAUUUAACAAGAUAUAAGAUGCAUUAAUUUUUGUAUUUGAUUUACAGUUGUGUGAAUUAAAAUUUUCAUGCACAUACACUUUUAGUAUAGAAAAAUAUAUAUAAAGAUUAUACCACCGCAUCAUUGAUCAGUGAUACAAUAUUUAUCCACUUGAGACAGUUAAAUUUUCAAAUUUAAAAUGGGAGGCUGGCAGAGCGUUUUAAAUAUUUAAAAUUUAACUGUCAAGAGUGGAUAAAUAUCGUAUUACAUAAGCUUUGGUGGUGAAAUCUGUUUUCCCUAAAUGAUUUGUAAACAAUAUGCAAACUCAUUCCUUCUUUUCUAAUGAUCUGCACAAAAGAUGUGUUCUUUUUUUAAGCGACGUCACAAUAGAAAAUUCAGAGGAAAGCAAGAAAACUUGACGUCAUAAUCGAAAUUUGAACCAAUGAAUUGAUUUAAUAAAAAUAUGUUUAUGAAAGGAUA